GUUUAUCAGAAGAAUCUUAUGGGGUAGGUAGGAAUGUAGGGUUAUGUAUAAUAUCAGAAUAAUUAAUUCCUUAAUUAAUUAAUUAUUAUCCAAAAAAAUGAUAAAUGUAUCAUCGAUUUCCUACACAUUUUGUCGGUUGAUACUCUUCCACUUGCUCCAUAUUUUUCAUCUUCAUCUCUCUAAUUAUCUCUCUCACUCUCACAUCUCUACUGUAAUAUGUCGCCAAUUGUUGGUACCAUAGUCUUCUCCACCGUCGGCCGCCCCAAUUACGGCUUCGAUAUUUUCUCCGUUCAACUCAACGAUUCCAACUUCUCCGAGCGCCGCCUCACCGACGGCGCAUCCAUCAACUUCAACGGCCGAUUCGUCGACGACGACAACACGAUCGUUUACAUCUCCGAGAGAACAGGCUCUGCUCAGAUAUUCCUCAACCGACGCGGCGGCGGCGAUGCUCACCCCGACCACCUCCACUCCGCCGCGGAGAGCCUCUUCCACGACCGCCCCGCCGUCAGGAACGGCCGCCUCUACUUCAUCUCCGCCCACGAACGCCCCGAAAAGCCGUUCACGAGCUGGUGUGCUCUCUACUCUGCAGGCCCCGACGACAAGAGAGCUGUGCGAUUGACGCCUUACGGCUCUGUGGAUUUCAGCCCCGCCGUCUCUCCGUCGGGGAAGCUCAUCGCCGUUGCCUCUUACGGAUCGAGACGGUGGGGGGGCGAGUUUCACGAUCUCCUUACAGAUAUUGUUGUUUUUAGCGACUCCAAUCCAACGAAGCGCAUUCUAGUGUGCGAGCACGGCGGCUGGCCGACGUGGUCCGGCGAUUCGACGCUGUAUUUCCACCGCCAAUCUGAUGAUGGAUGGUGGAGCAUCUUCAGAGUUGAUUUGCCUCAUGAUUUCGCAUCCUCCGCCGCUUCCCUCGCGCCGCUCCGCAUCACGCCGCCGGGGCUCCACUGCUUCACCCCGGCGGCCGUGCCGAAUAGCUUGAGAAUCGCCGUCGCGACCAGGCGGAAGGGAAAAAGUCAUCGCCACAUUGAGAUAUUCGAUACAGAGUCACAGAAAUUCUAUCCUGUAACCGAGCUGAUCAACCCUAAUUUCCACCAUUACAACCCCUUUGUGUCGCCGGGAGCUACUUCUCUCGGCUAUCAUCGCUUCAGAGGCGGCGCCGCCGCCGGCACCACCACGAUUCCGCACCUCGAACCAGUUUCUAGUCCACUAGAAGGCCUCUGCAUGCUCAGGCUCAACGGCUCGUUCCCGGCCUUCUCCCCCUCCGGCGAUUUCGUCGCACUCAACGGCGAUUUCGAUCAGAAUUCCGGCCUCAAAAUCGUCAAAUCCGACGGCACAAAGAGGUGGACUCUGUUCAAAAAUCGAACCACCUUCUCCAAUUGCUGGAGCCCCGCUGAUGAAAACGUCAUCUUUGUAUCGAUCGGGCCUGUUUUUCAAUCCGUUAGGGCAAAUGUGCAGAUUGCUCGAGUCACAUUCGAUCCAUCGCAGCUAUCAAAUAAUCGCGACGAAAUCGCCGCAGAUAUCAAAAUUCUCACCGGAGAAGAAACCGGCAACAACGCCUUCCCAUCCUGCUCCCCCGACGGGAAAUCCGUCGUGUUCCGAUCGGGGCGCGACGGACACAAAAAUCUCUACAUCGUUGACGCCGUCAACGGCGAAUUCGACGGCGGAAUCCGGCGGCUGAGCGAAGGAGCGUGGAUCGACACGAUGCCGAGCUGGUCUCCGGACGGGAAGAUGAUCGCGUUUUCUUCGAAUCGGCAUCGGCCGGAGGAUCCGAGCGUGUUCGGAAUAUACUUGAUGAGGCCGGACGAAACGGAGGUUCGGAGAGUUGCGGUGGCAGGAUUUGAGGAGAGAGAGAGGUUGAACCACGUGUGCUUCAGCGCCGAUAUGGAAUGGCUGCUGUUCACGGCGAACCUGGGUGGAGUGACGGCGGAGCCGGUGGCGCUGCCGAACCAGUUCCAGCCGUAUGGGGAGUUGUACGCAGUGAGAUUGGAUGGGAGCGGCUUGCAGAGACUGACGUGGAGUGCCUACGAGAACGGGGUGCCAGCGUGGCACCCCAGGGUCUUAUCCACACCGAGUCUCCACGCUGAAGAUACAGAUGUUUUGAAGGGCAACUUUGCUGAACCCUUGUGGAUCCAAUGUGAUUGAUUAUUGAGUGGCCGCUUAAAAUUAAAUGGCUAAAGAGUUUUUUU